AUUUAUCAGAUCUAAUCAAAUAUGAUGAUUAGUUGCAUAAAUAUUAUUUUAGAUAAUUACGUCUCCCAAACUACAAAGUUCAGGAAGAAGAAUGUCGGCCGGUUUGAGAAUUCUUGUUGGUUGUAAACGUGUAAUUGAUUAUGCAGUGAAGGUUCGGGUAAAGCCGGAUAAGACAGGUGUGGUUACUGAUGGAGUCAAACACAGUAUGAAUCCUUUUGAUGAAAUAGCUGUUGAAGAAGCUGUUAGAAUGAAGGAAAAGAAACUGGCUGCAGAAAUAGUGGUAGCAUCAUGUGGACCGCAGCAGUGUCAGGAAACCUUGAGAACUGCAUUAGCUAUGGGAGCAGACAGAGCUGUACAUGUGUUAAUUGACCCGAAAGAUUAUGCUGUUAUGCAGCCCAUACAUGUAUCCAAAAUCCUGGCAAAACUGGCACAAGAUGAAAAAGUAGAUCUAAUGAUUCUAGGAAAACAGGCUAUAGAUGAUGAUUGUAACCAGACUGGGCAGAUGACAGCAGCAUUGUUAGACUGGCCACAGGGAACAUUUGCAUCGAAAGUAGAGAAAACUGACGGUGAUUUACAAGUGACGAGAGAGAUUGAUGGUGGUCUAGAAACUAUAAAAAUCAAGUUACCUGCUGUAGUGACAACAGACUUGCGACUUAACGAACCUAGAUAUGCAACUUUACCUAAUAUUAUGAAAGCCAAAAAGAAGCCUUUAGUUACAAAGAAACCAGGUGAUUUGGGUAUAGAAAUAAAGCCAACACAACAGAUUCUUAGUGUAGAAGAUCCCCCAGUCAGGGAAGCCGGCCAGAAAGUCGAGUCAGUCGAUGAACUUGUUGAAAAAUUGAAAGAUGCUGGCUUUGUCAAGUCAUAGUGCAUUUCAAGAUGGCAUUGUCAGUUUGUGGAGCUGGGAACAAGACCAAAUUAUUUUUGAAAAAAAAAACUGUGAUUACUGAUUGGAAAACUUAUUAAUUGAAAGAAUACAGUACUACAUUAAGCUAAUAGCAGAAGUUAUUAAUUUAGAAUUAUAACUUCAUAAUACUAAUAUUAAACAGACAUAACGUGAAAGUAUUUAUUAAAUGUUUUAUUUAUAUACCAAAUAACAGUUAUAUGUGCUCAUAAGAAGGCCAUGGCAUAAUAUGCCUUAAUUAAAUUCUGCUUUGACUAUUUUAGCAUUAGUGGUAAAGUUCCUUUUUUGACAAAAAAUUAUUUAAGUGCUGAGUUAUUGUCAUGUUAUUAAAUACAUUUUAUAAAGAAAAGGAAUACUGUUGGUU